AAGGAGGUGUGACAUGAGAUCUGGUGGAGAUUGUCGUCGGACCCGCGGGAUACGGGUCGUACCACAAGCACUCCAUUGGGUCGGAGGCCGGGCAUCGGGACCCGCUUGUCCGGGGGUUGCCGGCCCGCAUCCAUCUCCAUCGCUCCAAUCAUUCCACGACAACGCAUGGUUGGGCAUCACUUCUUGGAUUCAGCCUCGUCCUUUUAAGGCAGAUCUACUCCUGCAAUCUGCUCGUCUUCUUUGGCCUGUGUCAUCCAACUCCAAAUCGCAGCCACAUCGAUGGAGUGAGAGUUCUCACAGAAUGGAUCGCUUGGGUUAGCGGUCCACAGAAAGAGAAGGGAAGCCGAGUAGGAUGGGAUGCAUCGGAGGUCUGCGACUGGUCCACGGUGGCCAUAAAGUUGCUCACGAGGGACUGUGCCACCCGACCUUGCACAUUGCGGAAGAUUGCUAUCUUUUGUAAUAGGAAACGCAUGGAAAUAAAAGACGAGCAGAGAUCAGAGAGCAGAGAGCAGAGAGCAGAGUGCAGGAAAAGGAUCACAGUCAGUAGAGAUGGGGUGGAUGGCACUCGACCACGUACUACACAUUCUCGAGUAUCUGCCCAUUUAUUUCAUGAAGCAUGAAGCAGCAUAACUUUGACAAAUGUAGUAUAAUGGGAGUCAGGGUUUGACAUUGAACAAUGGACAUCCAUUGCCAAGUGUUGAAGUCCCCUUGAAAAGAUCUCUCUGUGUAUUAGCUCCUUCUUCCAUUUGUUUUCCUCCAUGGUGUUUGAAAUAUGCAGAGAGCCCAUUGACGAGUGAUGUGAAAGAAAAGGUGGGAAAAUCUACAACAUAUAAAGCCGGAAAAGGAGGGUUUGAUUGUGUCGAGAGAGAGAGAGAGAGAAUGGUGGUGGUGGAGGGCCCUGGUGGUCGGCUAAUUGUUCCAUAGAGAGAGAGAGAGAGUUCUUGUGCUACAAAUACCACCACUCUCCUCCCUUGUUUCGCAUCAGCUUGGCCUCAGACGACACAUCACACGCUCUCUCUGAGAGAAGGGUGGUGGACGAGAGGAAGAGAGGGAUCACAGAGCGUGACACCUCUCUGACUGUUUCCAUCUCCUUCAACAUCAACCAAGUGCUUAGCUUCCUUUCAACUGUGGGCAGUAUUCAUACUUGUUUGAGAGUGUACUCUGUAUACGAACCAUCAAGUUGCGAACUUUGCGGCCGGAGGAUGUCGGUGGCUCUGCUGCAAACACCCUUACACCACCUGGAGUACGGCUGGCCGCGGCUGGAAGAUAAGUACGAGACUAGGUAUGAUCAUGUGGUGGGUAUUGAAGACGAGGAGGAGCGGCCUGGCCAAUUCGACAUGUGGAGCGCCAUGCAGGCGCCGAAGGCCGCCACUCCGGUGGUCGCCGAUACGCCGGCUCCUUAUGUUCAUCCGCUGGCGAGGCGGUCCGCGAGCUCGCUGAGCCAGAAGAGCCUCCAGAUAUGCACGGAGAGCCUGGGGUCGGAGACUGGCUCCGAUGAGUUCUCCUCGUUUAACGACGGCAUCGAUUUUGGGUAUCUUCCAACGGUUGAGGCGGAGAAAGAAGGUGAAAGGCAUGACAUGCACGAGAAGGUUGCCGUGGUUGAAGAAGCAGGGGUGUGGUCUGAGAAUGGACCAGAGGAGCGCGAAGUGCCGCAGCGCCGCAGAGGGGAUGAGCUCACGUCGGUCAACUACAAUUACUCCAUUAGCAGGAGGUCGCCGCCGAGGUCGUUCCCUCCGCCGCUGCCAUCCAUCUCCCGCCGUGAUGGGCCCUGCCUCCAGAUGAGGACCCAUCGCCGCGAUGGCCGCCUCGUCGUGGAGGCUGUGCAUGUGCCUCCGCGGAACUACCUCCACGCGCAGCGCCAGGGGGGGCGCCUCCUCCUCUCCUUCAUCGACGCCUCCUCCGACACCAUUGAAAUCGAACAACCACAGGAACAGCAGCAACCCAUGGAUCAAGCACCGAAGGAAAUCGAAGAAAUUGAAAAUGUGGAAGAGGAAGAGGAAGUGGAAGAGAAGAACUGUUACGAGGAAGAGGACGAGGAGGAGGAGGUGGAACUAGUUGCCAGGGGAACCGUCGUCGAGGUGACAGUGAGCACGCAACCCGAGCUACAGAGUAGCGGCGCCACGAAGGUCCUCUGGUCUUCGCUCGUGAUCAACAAGUUCGUCGGCGGCACGCUGCUCAGCAGCAAUGCUAAGCGCGAGCAGCCACCGGAGGACCACGCCAGCAAAACCAAUCUCAAAAGCAACAGCCAACUGCAAUCCAUCACAGCAGCUCCGGUCACGCAACGACCGCCGCCGACAACAGCCACAGCAGCAGCUGCAGCGGUGGUAGCCACCAACCUCAGCUUCUCCGACGAAGCAUACAAUGAGGACAGCUUGGAAGGAGCCCAUGACGGCUGCCACCUGCCCCUCGACGACAAGCUUCUGUUCACCUCCAAGCGGAGGAACCGGGAGGAGCGGAGGUGCAGCCAGCUGCGGAAGAAGUCAUUGUUCAUCUGGAAGCCCGAUUGCAUUGCCACUUCCUCCUGAGCUGCAGCCUCCCAUGAAUCCAUUCCAACCAUCCUCCUCAUGAUCUAUCUAUCUAUCUAUCUAUCUAUCUAUCUAUCUAUCUACCUACCGAUUUGACCUGAUAUUAUCAUCAUCAUCAUCAUUAACAGAGCAAUUUGUCGUCCGAUUAAUAA